ACUCCAUUACUUCCACUCUGAUCACUGAAGUUUCUCCAGCCGAGCUCACGGUCCAUCCGGGGUCAUGUCGUGGUUUCAGCGAAUCGCUCUGGGCCUCCUGCUGCUCCACCUGGCUGCUGCGCAUGCAGUCUUCUUGGAGGAGGAGGCAGCCAAUCAGGUGCUGAAGCGGCGGAGGCGGGCCAACAGUAUCUUUGAGGAGUGGAAACAAGGGAACAUGGAGAGGGAGUGCAGGGAGGAGACCUGCAGCUGGGAGGAGGCGCGAGAGAUCUUUGAGGACAAGGAAAAAACUGAUGAAUUCUGGGCCAUAUAUGUAGAUGAGGAUUCGUGCCAGUCACAGCCGUGUUUAUACGGAGGACUUUGCAAAGACGGCAUCGGCAGCUACACGUGCUUCUGUCAGGCCGGGUACCAGGGCUUCAACUGUGAAAUUGUGAUUCCUGAGCUCUGUGAAAACAAAAACGGAGGUUGUCAACAUUUCUGCAACGUCAACAGAGGAGAUGUUGAGUGUUCCUGCGCUGACGGAUAUUUCUUGGAAUCGGAUGGCAAAUCCUGCAACUCCAACGAAACAUUCAAAUGUGGCGCCAUCAUCACGGAAGUCAUCAGGAGUGUAUUCAUUUAUGAGCGGAAGAACGAGACUGUCAGGAACGCUACUGAGUCAGAUCUGAAUGGUUUCAACAACAGCUCCAAUGACCUGCUAAACAGGUCCUCUUCAGCCUCUCCAAUCGACAGCAUUGUGAAGGUAGAGGAGACCGUCCAGGAGGAGCGGAUAAUCCCACAAAGGUCCAGUAUGACUCGAAUCGUUGGCGGAGAGAACUGUCCACCUGGAGAAUGUCCGUGGCAGGCUCUCCUCAUGAAUGAAGAAGACCGAGGGUUCUGCGGAGGAACCAUCCUCAAUGAAUACAUCAUCCUGACCGCCGCCCACUGCAUGAACCAAUCACGCUACAUCUACAUCAAGCUUGGCGAGUUUGACGUGUUUGAGGAUGAUGGUAAUGAAGCUGUCCACAUGGUGGAAACGAUCGUCACCCACAGAGGUUUCAAUCCGAACACCUACCACAACGACAUCGCACUCAUCAAAGUGGCCACACCCAUCAAGUUCACCCGGUACAUCCUGCCCGCCUGCUUACCUGAGGCAGACUUUGCAGAAAAGGUCCUGAUGAAGGAGCCUAACGGGUUGGUUAGCGGUUUCGGCCGAAUCGGUGAGGGUCAGCAAACGUCCCCCACCUUGAAGCGCCUCGCUGUCCCCUACAUAGAUCGGCACAUCUGCAUCGAAUCCACUCCACUGCGAAUCUCUCAGCGCAUGUUCUGUGCUGGCUAUGACACAGAAGCCAAGGACGCCUGCCAAGGCGACAGCGGCGGGCCACAUGUCACACGCUACGGCAGCACGUUUUUCGUCACCGGUGUUGUGAGCUGGGGCGAAGGCUGCGCACGAAGGGGCAAAUUCGGAGUCUACACCCAAGUGUCCAAAUACAUCCGCUGGAUCCGUGAGGGCACCGAAAAACUGAUGCCACAAGACACGGGCAGGAACCGGUUGAAGAGGCACACCGGGCCGAUCAAGAGGCUAACGCUAUAAAAUCACAAAGCUGCUCACUGAGCUCCACACGCCGAGCUUUGGUGUAAUCCCUGAUUCAGUCCUUCAGAAACUAUAAUUCACAUUUUAGGUUAGAAGUACUUCAUGCUAACUGCCAAUGUCUUCAACCCCUCUGGGGUUCCCCAGGGUUCUGUUGUUUUUCUGUUUGUGCUCUCAAAUAUUUUGAAGAUAUUUUAAUCAGUUUUGUCUAUUUUCAUCAGUAAGAAAUGUGCUUUUUCUGCCCCAUUAAAAAAAAUAAAGAAACUCUUUGAACCAGG